GUUACACAUAUAGCCCAUACAAAUUACUCUAUUUCCCUGGUCCACACUAAGUUACCGUGGACCACGUUUAUAUUAGUGUAAACACUUUAAGAAUACAUUGGAGAUUUUCACAAAAACAAUAAAUAAAAUAACAAAGGGACAUUCAUUUACCGACCAGAAUGUCAAUUUCUCCUACCGCUGCCGCUGCCGCUGGCGCCAGCAGCACCCCAACCUCCACCGCGGCCAUGAUGACCGACAAAAAAGCGGCAGUAUGCGUAACAGGAGCAAACGGGUUCAUAGGCACAUACCUAGUAAAGACCCUGAUUGAAUCCGGGUACACCACCAUCCACUGCUCCAUCUUCCCCAACUCCUCUUCCUCCCACCUUUUCUCUCUCUUCCCUUCCGCCUCCAUUCGCAUCUUCGAGGCUGAUAUCCUCGACUACGACGCCGUUUCGAGGGCUGUUGAAGGUUGUCACGGUGUGUUUCACGUGGCAUCUCCUUGUACCUUAGAAGAUCCCCGGGAUCCACAAGCUGAGCUAGUGGACCCCGCUGUUAAAGGCACCCAGAACGUUCUAGAAGCUUCUAAGAAUCACGGAGUAAGGCGGGUGGUGCUCACUUCCUCCAUCUCUGCUAUGGUUCCUAACUUUGCUUGGCCCACUUCUUUGCCUGUUGAUGAGUCUUGUUGGACUGAUAUUAAUUACUGCCGCUCUCACCAGCUUCACUGCCGUCGUCUUCCCUCCUUCUGCGUCGUUCUCUCCUUCCCCUGCGCCGUUCAACUUGUUGUUCGUUCUCCUCUUCAACCUGCUGCUCGUUCUCUUCUUCCCCUGCGUCGUUCAACUCAAACUAAUCAGUGUCGCUGCUCCGUGUUAACGCCGCCUUCCACGGCAGCCGCCCACGCCGCCGCCCACUCCUCCGCUCCUGGUCACUGUCUUCUCUCCUCUCCUAGACAGGGCACUGACGUGUCUCUGAAGGAUCUUGACUACCUUUUGUCUCUACUUGAGGAAAAGAAGAGAAAGAUGGCCGGAGCAAGAAGAAGAUAGGGUUUGAAGCCAGUAAACUCGCUAAGAAUACAAGGAAAUGGUUAAGAUUGAAGCCAGUAAACUCGCUAAGAAGCAUCCACGUGUCUUGCAGAUGGAAUGAGCUACUAGGACGGUGGUUGACUGGUACUUUCAUUCCGGCAGAAAUAUUAAAAGUACAAGAGGUUGUGUCAAUGAGAUCAAUCAGUAUAUUUUGCAACAUAAUCAGCUUUUGUUGGAUCACAUAACUGACCUUUGGAGCUCUCUGAUGCCCAGUUUGUGUUCUGUGAUGUUUACCAAGGCUUCAUGCGUAUCUUGUCCAACCCUAAACACUAUGGCAUCAAGGAAACAAGAGGAGCAUGUUGUGGAAUAGGGUGGCAUGGAGCAGCAUCGGGGUGCGACACCAUGGAGAUGGUUUGCAACCAAAGUACAGCUCAUGUAAUCCUUCUAAGGCCGUCAAUUAUCUGCUGGCCGACUCUGCCUGGUUCGGUCAUCCAUUGGGUGAAAUCUUUCAUCCCUUGAGCGUCCGAGCACUGGUGAACAUAGCUUCAGCAGCAGCAGCAGCAGCAGGUGUUCUGGCAACAACAGUUAUCGAUUACAAGCUAGAAGCAGCAGCAGCAGUUCUGGCAGAAGUAGAAAGCAGCAAUUCUGGCAGCAGCCAGUUGAAACAAGAACAAAACCAAGCCAGCCUAAAGAGUGUUUAUUUUCACCAGUUGCUGGACUUUCUUGAAGUUCUCUGCCUUAACUGUGACUAUCACCGUUGGUAAUGCAUCCCAUCUUUGUAUUGAAAGUCAUAUCUUGAUUUGUCAUAGAUUUGAUUUCUAACAUCUUCCAUUUUUAUAUCCAGGAUAGAGAUAUUUACUUAAACUUUUAUGUUUAAAGUGUAGUUAGGUUAUCAACAUGUUGGUUGAUCUAUGGUGAAUUUGCCUUUUAUUGGGUUGUAAACUGUUUUGACAGGUAUAUAUUAAUGUAUUAUAACAUUCCCGGUAUUGGGGAGGGUCAAAUUACAAAGGAAAUAUUGUCAAAAUUUUCACCUAGUUUACUUUUAUUUUUAUGCUCUGAAUAUACUAGUACUGAAAGCUGCUUAUUUUAUUUAAUCUAUGGAUUAAAUAAAAUCAGCAGC